AUGCGCGAUUCGUUACCAUAUUUUGCACCAUUUUUGGAGAUAAUUUAUAUAUCGGACUUCAUGUCUGUGGUCACGCCGAAUCGUAGGGAGUUCUUCUUGCGAAAAAUAGAAUUUCUACAUGUGAAAUCACGUUUAACUGAAGAAGAAAGAGAUAGAAUGAGUAAAGCAGUAGGCCCUAUAAAUCUCGAUGUUCCUGUAAAGCUUGAUAAAGACGGGAAUCCAAUAAUGUUCACUUUCGCUGACUGCGAUGAACCAAUUGAAUACGACAACAGCUAG